GAUGUCACAAUGGCUCUGUAUGAGAUGUGGUGGAGCGAGAUAGUGCUUAGUCUGGACAUUUCCUCUCAAGCGUUCAGAGGAACAACAGGCUUCAAAUCAUUCAGCGGAACCAGGGGACAGCAAUCAAGUUGCUCAGAGGAAGUGGAGACAGAACUCCUUCCAGGUUUGAAAGAUGUGCUGUGAGCGGCGAUCUCUGAGCCCAGACAUUCUCGUGGAAACUCCAGAAGGGCACCAGCUAUUCCUAGAGGAUACUCACCUAAGGUCUGUGAUUGAAGAAGAGGCCUUUAAGCUUUUAUCCCAGCACUCCUUGCUGGACAGACCGUCUUCUCCUAGCGAUGGAUUCAGUCACCAGGAACAGAAUAACCAGCAUGUUCUGGGGUUUCCUAGAAAACUUUGGCAAAUAGUGGAAAGCCCUGAAUUCAAAUCGAUUUGGUGGGGCGAAGGAGGAACCUGCAUCGUGAUAGAUGUAGAACGAUUUCAGACAGAAGUUUUAGAGAUGAAAGGCCAUUUCAGAAUCUUUGAAACGUGCAACAUGAAGAGCUUUGUGCGACAGCUUAACCUUUAUGGAUUCAGGAAGAUGCAGUCAACCUUUCAGAGAUCGGCUUCCCUAUUCCACUUUAUGCCGGAAUGUCAUGAUGUCUUAGGGACAAGCAAGUUGUAUUUCUUCCAUCACCCACAUUUCAAACAAGGCUGUCCUCAGCUCUUACGACACGUUCUAAGAAGAGUGAGCAUUAAGAAGAAAUACCAGCCAUUGGAAUCCUCACUUCAAAAUCAGCCCAAUGAGUCACCUCGAGCACAGGAAGUUUUAGCAAAGAAUAAUGAAAAUGCAAGGUAUCAUGUCAUGGUACCCUACUACCAUAUUGAGAAGGUAGAUUGA